AUGGCCAUGUUCAAUUCCCAGGUUCGGCGGCACUCGGGAAGUUGGAAGCUGCCCGUUCGCCUGCAACAACAGACGCUCUCAAGCUCGAAAUACGACAUAGAUGAUAACCCCCUCCUCUCGGGGUCGACCUCGGACACGGUAUAUUCAGAGAAACUACCAAUCAAUUCUGACUUGAGAGCCAUCCGCGUUCUAUCUGUUGGCUGGAGAUGCCUCAAGAUACUUCUAUCCCUGGCGGUUGCCUUCUACAUUGUGCUACAGUUGUCUUACAUCAAAAAAAUCAUACAAACGAACAGGAGCGAGUUUAAUGAGCACCCCAUCAACUGCGGACAUGACACAGCCAACGCCAGGGCGGCAGGUUGCGUAUACGACAUUAUGAUGGUCGGAUGGACAGCGCCCGACUGCGUCGAUUCAUACGUCUUAUCAGACUCGCUCUCCAACACCUCGGAGUUGGCCGGCAUCAAGGGCGCGGGACAUUUCACCUUCUCUGUAACCCCUGACUUUACCGAGAUCAUACAGCAAGACGUCGACAGCAUCACUCAGCACGACUGGCUCUACGCCAACUGGGAAUUCCACAAGGCUCACUGCGCGUAUGUGUGGCGUGUUCUCGCCAAUGCGCUCGAGCGCAAGAGGAAGGGAGAAACAAACGUAUACGUUUACAGAACACUGGUGACGUAUGAGCACGCGGUGCACUGCAGCCACGUCCUGCUUGAGAGAAGCAGGAGCUUAGCUGCGCCGACAAAGAUACAGAUUAGCGGAACCAACCGCUGUGUCCUGUUAUAG